GGUUUCGCUGUCUAAAUUACUCAUCAUGUUGAAAACUUGUAUUGGCGCCGCGGCCUUGGCUGCCAGGCUAGCAGCCGCAUCUGAAUUAUCCUGGACUCCUUCUUCGCUUGUUCCUAAGGCUGCUGGCUUCGAAGUAGCAUCGAAUAGUAGUGGAAUUGCAUAUUGCGAUGCUUUGAAAGAAGCCGGUCUUGGGGAUCGACUACUUCUCGCGACGGACGCAGGUUACGAACCUCAGAUACAGUCCUGGUAUGCGGAGAACGCCCGUUUCAGACCCGACUGCCUUGUUCUUCCCCAUAACACCGAGGAGGUAGCAACAGCAUUAAAAGCACUGGUUAAUGUCAACAACGGCGGAGGUGAUUGGCACAUCGCCGUGCGCAGCGGUGGGCACAGUUUCCCCGGAAGCAACAACAUUGCCAACGGCGUGACUAUCGACUUGACAAUGAUGAACUCGUCGAGCUAUGAUCCGGAGACGAAUCUCGCCAAGAUACAACCAGGAGGCCGAUGGCGAAAUACAUACGCAGACUUGCAGAAAGCUGGGGUAGUUGUAACAGGGGGCCGGGACGGCGAUGUUGGUGUGGGCGGUUUCCUCCUAGGAGGCGGCAACUCCUUCUUUUCAGGACGAAUGGGAUUCGGCUGUGAUUCUGUCAAGAACUACGAGGUUGUACUGGCUAACGGCACUAUCAUCAACGCCAACAGCACAGCAAAUUCGGAUCUAUGGCGAGCCCUCAAGGGAGGCGGUAGCAACUACGGCAUCGUCACGCGAUUUGACAUGGAAGCACUCCCGACGCGAGACUUAUAUUAUGAGACGCGGGUCCUAAGCUUAAACUAUUCGGAAUCUAUGAUUGAUGCGGUAGUUGGAUAUGCCAACCAAGACCAGUCCUUUGCUGAUAACGCCCUUGUACCUCUUUGGAUUCACAACGCGUCAAGCAGUCCCGAGACGAUUAUCAACGCAAUUUAUGUCAAUACCCAAGGGAACAGCAACGCUACAUCGGCAUUUGACAAUGUUAGACGUCUUCCGACCUUAUUCAAGUCUACGUCCCUCCAAAAUAUGGCGGCGGCUGCUGAUGGCUCCCAGUUUCCUGGUAAUACUAAGAAUUACGGAACAACGUUGACUUUUCGCAAUGACCCCCAGAUACUCCGUCGCUGUGUUGAACUCCACGAGGAUUUAAUUAAGAGGCUCAACAGUCUAAUCGGCCCCAAGUUCACGUCAUUAUUAGUCUUGCAGCCCAUUCCUUCUUAUAUGGCGACCAUCGCCGAGCAGAAAGGCGGCAACAUGCUUGGGCUAGAAAAUAUCGAGGGCAACUCUGUCAUAUUCAACGCCGGCGUCGCCGUUACCUCUGACGACAGGGACUUCGCGAUAGCCAGGGCAGAGCUAGCCGUGGUAACAGCCCAGGUCAAAGAAUUUUCCAAGUCGGUGAAUGGAGAUGUAGACUUCAUCUACUUGAACUAUGCGGAAUCGAACCAGGACCCUCUUGGAAGUUAUGGCGCCAAGAAUAUCCAGCAUAUGCGGGAUGUGGCUGCGAAAUACGACCCCACUGAAGUAUUCCAGAAGCGCAUCCCGGGUGGUUUCAAGAUUUCGAGGGCGGCGUGAUACAUUCUUGGAAAUGUGAUGGAUUAUCGGUGAACCCUUUUGGGAACCCCUAUAAGGUGUGCAUCAGAACGGUGAUAAGGGCGGAUAUAUUGAAUUCUCUAGAGCCUUUUUCGAUUUAG